GAGCUGAGCUGGGGCAGAGUUUCGGAGCAUGAUCAGUUGACAGGCGUCGCCGUUGCUACUCGACUCGGAUAACAACACAAGGGAAGGUACAGAGUUGUCGCGAGAUACGAGCCCGUAACUGGAUUAAGACUAGAAAAGCCUUUCGGACGGAUCCGAGCUGAAGGCGGAUGAGCGCAGCCCGCGGAAGGGCAAGUGUGUUUCUGUGGCUGGGUCCAGUUAGCGAAAGAUGAACAAGAACCACCGAGUGCCGAGCAACCGAACUCUGAACGCAGUGGAGGUGAAGAGCAAGUUUGGAGCUGAAUUCAGGCGAUUCUCUUUGGACCGGUCCAAGCCGGGGCGCUUUGAUGAAUUUUAUGGCUUGCUCCAGCAUGUGCACCGGAUCCCUAACGUGGACCUACUUGUGGGAUACGCCGAUGUUCACGGGGACCUGCUUCCAAUCAACAAUGAUGACAACUACCAUAAGGCUAUCUCCGUGGCAGCGCCCCUGCUCCGCCUCUUUUUGCAGCGGAAAGAGGAGGCAGAUUACUCUGCAUUCAGUACGGACACUGUGACCCGUAAGAAGACCCCAGCGGGGCUUGCUGCGGUACUCCUGCGUCCGGAUGCCAACAAGAAAAAGCCUCCAGUCAUCAUCAGCCUGCCCAAAGACUUCCGCCCAGUUUCCUCCAUCAUCGAUGUGGACAUCCUCCCAGAAACACAUCGUCGCGUCCGUCUGUAUAAACACGGCCAGGAAAAACCACUAGGCUUCUACAUACGCGAUGGUUCCAGCGUGCGUGUCACGUCACAAGGCCUGGAGAAAGUACCGGGCAUCUUCAUUUCCCGCAUGGUCCCCGGAGGCCUGGCGGAGAGCACGGGACUUUUGGCCGUCAACGAUGAAGUGCUGGAGGUCAACGGCAUCGAGGUGUCUGGAAAGUCCCUGGACCAAGUAACAGACAUGAUGAUCGCUAACAGCCACAACCUCAUUAUAACCGUCAAACCGGCCAAUCAGCGAAAUAACGUGGUGCGGAGUAGUGGAGGCAAGGCCACGUCUGGCAGCUCAGGACGAUCGUCUGACAGCAGUACUAGUUUCUACGGUUAUUCAACACCAGCCUCCAUGGCAAUGACCCCAUCCCAUAUUAUCCAGAACUAUGAACCAGAUGAGGAGAGCGAAGAUGAGGAGGAUCUGGUGAUUGAGGGGAACGGAGAGGCUAAAUUCAUUCCACCGGCGGUUGCUCGGGUGAUGGCCAGCUCCAGCAUGCCCAGCCUGCCCAGAUAUGAACCCCACCUUCAUUUCAGACCCUCCAAUGGUACCAUGGCAAUGAGCUCCAGCACGGGGUCUCUAAAUGCCCGCGACAGGAGUUUGGAGAGACAUAAUUUAGAGGAAGAAGGCACAGUUAUUACACUAUAGAUCCAAUGUUCAAACACACUAAUACUGUCACACAUGCCACUACGCACACUUGUGUGCCAUUACACGUUUUUGUAUAUUCGUGAGUAUGGCACCAAGAGAGGAUAUAACCACAGGACCAGGUCAUCACUAUAAUCAAAUCCACAGAGAGCAGUGCCGAAAAUAGCUGCUUCAUGAGUAAUAAUGAUCUGAUGGAGUCGGAAUGAAUAAAUGCAGAUGUCUGCGGGGUGUUAUGCGUAUCACAUGACGGAGUGCAGAUUAUUGGCAUUGUAUGAAUCGUGACAAUCUUCUUUGACUUUGACAACCACUCCCAUAUGAGCCACGUGGCUUUAGCAUUGUGACAUAGAACAAAGUAUGGUGUCCCAUCUUCUGUUGCUAUGGUAACCCAGUAAAAGUUGGCGUUACCGCUCAACUUUAGAGGGAACAUACUCUUCAUCAACUCCUGUCUACAGCACUAACAAGCGGAUUCAGAAUGGUUUGCAAGGGAAUCAUGAACAUUUUUGGAGGCUAGACGAAUGUUUAGGAUAUUUUUUAAGUGUGAUCGGACAUUUCAGUAAGGUUGUAGACUGCUGCCUCUUAAGAUAUAUUGUGUACAUUAUCUCAAUUUUUUUUUAAUCAUAGCCAAAAAUACAGAAGAUUAAUGUCAUAUUUUUCAUAUUGAUAUUUUUUUAUUUGCAUCACGUAUUUCUUUAUGACAAGGGCUAUCUACCUGCUCUGUGGUUAAGUUGACCCAUGUGACCUAAGGUUAGAGAACGCUCUCUGUUUUGAAUACAUUAUGUUUUUAUGCUGCACUCUGAAGUGGACACAGAGCUGUUUCAUGUAUGAAGAGUGUCUCUAACCCUUAAGUGUUGCAAGCGAAUCAUGGAGAAAAAAAUGAAUGUUUUUAAUUGAAUGCUCACAAUGACUAUAGAACAUCUGCCAAAAUGAAUUUUAAGGGUGAUGUGUGUGAAUUGUAUCUUUUGGGGGGCCACAAUGCAACAUCCACCUUCCACUCCACCAAGGGUGGACCUUUCUACUUGAUCAUUUUUAUUUUUAGAACAUGACCUCCUAUAUGAAUGACAAACAGCAUGAUGUCCAUCAUCUUUAUGAACAAAAUUAAGCUUUCCUUUAAGUUACUAUUACUAUACACUGUAGGUACAUACAUGACCCUGCCUGUGAAACCCCACCUAAAGUCAUUUUUGUGAUUUACUAAAAUCAUCCUACAUGAAGAACAUUCUGUGAAAAAUAACCUUGAUAUAUUUAAUAUUGACUCCGUAAGGCCAUGGCAAAUAUAGAAAUCAAUGUAAAAUUAAUGAGUGUGAUCAAACUUUAAUGCUCCUAAUCUCAUAAUUAGAUUAUAAGACUUUAGCCUGGGUAUCACACACAGGGUCACUUUUUGUCCUUAUGCAUAUCACAAAGAUAUUUUUGUGCACACCACCUGUAAAAUAAGCUUUAAAGAUCUCAAAAUUAGUGUUGACACAUGCACUGAAGGAGAGAUGUGCCUCACGCUGCGCCCUUACAGUUUAAACUGGAUAUUUAGCUGAAAUAGCCUUUGAAUAUCUCUCUCAGUUUCUUAACACUGCUGUCUCACCCGCAUAUAUAGAUGAGGAGGAUUGUAAACACUGGAUGCUGUAAGCAGAGCGCAUAUCAACUCACUUCACAUACAUGUAGAGCUUCUUAUGGCACUUACACUUUACAUUAACAUGUACAUUACCUAAACCUGCUCUGAGUAGCACACUUAUGUAGCUAAAAUCAUACAAAUUUUAUACAGAUCAUUCAUUUUAAAGGUACAAGCGACAUGUUGAAUGGAGUCUUUAGCUGUGUUAAUUUAUUUUUAGUAACCACUACAUUGGGAUAUGAUUUGGGAUUUUAACCACAAACGUUUUAUUUAUUUUCAGAUAGACUCGAUGUGUUUUUGUUUUGUUUCAGCAGACAUACUAACCUCGUAAUUUUUUAUUAUCUCCACAUGGUGGUGUUUUAUUUUUUUCAUCCACUAGCAUUUUUGUGUAUUUUAAUUCCUAAGCCUUUUUGGGACUGGAAAUAUGAAGAAUAUACCCUGCUAUUUUCCAAACUGUGAAUAUCUUUAAAUUUCUAAAGGAAAGUGUAUAUCUAUGACCAUCUGCUAUAGGAGACCUAGAAAUGGCCUUUAUAGCUUUAACGUGUCAAUUUCUCUUUUUGAUAAUGAGCUUGCCAGAUGAAUCUUAAGGUAUAGAUUUGUACUGAAAAUUGUCAGUAUUUUCUUAAUAGUGCUACAUGAUAUAAAUUUGUUUCACGUAAUGAAACUUUUCAAAGAAUAAACACUAUAUUAAGACAUAGCUGCACAUGUAUUAUAGUUGAAUCUUA